AUGGUGCAGGUCCUCAGGCUGCACACUCCCCUCUGCACACCUCCCUCUGUUGACGCCCGCAAGCUGCGCGUGUGCUUCCAGGACCAUGUCAGGGCGUGUGGCAAGUGCCGGACCCCGUGCAGGUUCCAUGUCGUCGGCUGCCCCGAGUUGGUGGAGAGCGAGAAGCAGCAGCAACAUGAGGCCCACUGGCUCCGGGAGCACUUGGCCAUGCUGCUGGGCGGCCUCCUGGAGGCCAAGCCCCUCUCUGGGGCAGGGGGCCACUUCCUGAGCCAGAGCGAGGUGGGGGGCUGGGAAGCCAGCACGCUGCACCCCGAGGCAGGGCUCCCCAAGGCUGCGGAGCUGCAGCAGCGGUGCGAGGCCCUGGAGAGGAAGACCGCCACCUUUGAGAACAUCGUCUGCGUCCUGAACCGAGAGGUGGAGAGGGUGGCCAUGACCGCCGAGGCCUGUGGCCGGCAGCACCGGCUGGACCAGGACAGGAUCGAGGCCCUGAGUAACAAGGUACAGCAGCUGGAGAGGAGCAUCAGUCUGAAGGACCUGGCGAUGGCGGAGCUGGAGCAGAAGGUCCAUGAGAUGGAGGCGACCACCUUCGACGGCGUGUUCAUCUGGAAGAUCUGUGACUUCGCCAGGAAGCGGCAGGAGGCCGUGGCCGGCCGCACGCCCGCCAUCUUCUCCCCAGCCUUCUACACGAGCAGGUACGGCUACAAGAUGUGUCUGCGCAUCUACUUGAACGGAGACGGCACCGGGCGCGGGACACACCUGUCACUCUUCUUUGUGGUGAUGAAGGGCCCCCACGACGCACUCCUGCGCUGGCCCUUCAACCAGAAGGUCACCUUAAUGCUGCUCGACCAGAACAACCGGGAGCACGUGAUUGAUGCCUUUAGACCCGACGUGACCUCAUCCUCUUUCCAGAGGCCAAUCAGUGACAUGAACAUUGCCAGUGGCUGCCCCCUCUUCUGCCCUGUCUCCAAGAUGGAGGCCAAGAACUCCUACGUGCGCGAUGAUGCCAUCUUUAUCAAAGCCAUCGUGGACCUGACGGGGCUCUAGCUGCCUCUCCCCAGGGUCGGGUCGGGGGUCAGGAACCGUGGGGCUGGCGGCUCGGUGUGGGAGCCACCAUGCAGGGCCUGAGCCUCGUGGUGGGUGGGCACCUGCUGUGUUCACAUCCCACUGGGAAGGGGCCGCCCUGGGAGAGGCUGCUCCACUCAGGCCCCGUGGAGUGGGCUGCGGGCCUGCCAGGAGCUGGCGGCGGGCCGGCCGUGCGGGCGCUCGGGGCAGGGGGAGCCAAAGGGCAAGGGGAGCCGGCACCGUGUCCCGCCCUUCGGCCUGGAGAGAAGGGACGUUCUCAGGCCUGGCCACUACUCUGAGGAGAGGUCCUGCUGUGCAGGCCUGGCCAGGCCAGCGGGCAGGGAGGGCACUCCCGUGUCCUCGGGGCAUCCUUUUGGCCGCCCUGUGGUGAGUGUGGGGUGUGCACUCGGCCCUGCGACGAGACAGGAUGGGUCGGCUGCCCCGUUGGGCUGUGGAGAAGUCGUUAUUAAACUGUUAAAUCUCUGG